AUGACCGAGGCCGCAUCCGCCAAGCCAGAGUUCCUCGCCCAGCCCCCGGGGCCGUGCUGCUGGGCCGGGACCCUGCAUGAGGGCAGCCCCCGCGGCGGCGUCGAGGAUAUCCUCGGCGCACCGACUUAUGUAGUCCGUCCCUCGGACGUGAAGAACGCGCCGGCGCCCAACGGCCAUGUCGUGCUCUACUUCCCCGACGUCUGGGGCCUCUCGGUCAACGCGCAGUGCCUCCUCGACGGCUUCGCCGCCGCCGGCUACACGGCGCUCGGCAUGGAUUACUUCCGCGGCGACCCCAUCUCCCUGCGGAUUGUACGGGCCUUGGUCUUACCUACCGUUCUGACGAUAUCCACCGUAUUUUACGAGUGCUUACUGUACAUGCUUGGUUCGGCGUUGCACUCCGCCUUCGCCGCCGAGACCGUGCCGCGCUGGACCGCGGUCGUCCGCGCGCGCUUCGGCGCCGAGCUGCGCGCCGCGACGGGGACCGAGACCCGCUUCGCCUGCGUUGGGUACUGCUUCGGCGCGCCGUACGUGUGCGAUCUGCUUGCCGGGGUCGGUGGCGACGGCGGCGAGCCGGCGGUGUCGGCGGGGGCGUUCGCGCACCCGACCGCGCUGAAGGAGGAGCAUUUCGCGGGCGUGAAAAGACCCCUGCUGCUCUCCUGUGCCGAGAACGACCACGCGUUUCCCACCGAGUCGCGGAGAAAGGCGAUCGAUGUCCUCCAGAAGGAGGGCAAGGUUUACCAUCUGCAGCUCUUCCAAGGCGUAGGCCACGGCUUCGCGGUGAAGGGCGACCCGUCGGAUCCGUACCAACGCUGGUGCAAGGAGCAAAGCCUCAAGGCCAUAAUCGACUGGUUCGACAUGUGGCUGAUUCGCAGCUCCUGA